UCACUUUACAACCGGCCUAAUCUCCGCCACCUGUGCUCCGUAACAGCAUCCGGGUGUCUAGGUGGGAAGGAGCAGAGGGGAGACACCAGACACUCCAGCCUUGAUGAACCAGAGUCUAUAUUACAUGUUGCACGUUCUGUAUUCUCACUGAUUCACUGAGUAUGGAUAAAGACAGGAGUCACAGGGCUGAGAGGAUAAUAAAUAUCACCCUGGAGAUCAUCUAUCUGCUGACUGGGGAGGAUUACAUAGUAGUGAGGAAGACAUCCGGUGAGUGUGAGACACCCAGCAGCCAUCCCCAUGUGUCAAGAGGACUGAGGAGGACCCAGAGUCCCAUCACGGUGCCCCCACAUCACUCACUGAUACAUGAGAGAAACAAUGACCAGAAGAUCCUGGAACUCACCAACAAGAUCAUUCAGCUGCUGACUGGAGAGGUUCCUAUAAGGUUUCAGGAUGUCACUGUCUAUCUCUCCAUGGAGGAGUGGGAGUAUAUAGAGGAACACAGGGGUCUGUACAAGGACGUGAUGAUGGAGAAUCACCGGCCCCUCACAUCACUGGAUGGACCCAGUAACAGAGAUACCCCAGAGAGAUGUCCCCAUCCUCUGUAUUCCCAGGACUGUACAGAGGAGAAUCACUGGAUCCCACAGGAGGAUCAGGGUGAAGAUUUGACUGAUAUUAAUGUAAACGAUACAGAGGGAGAUGAAGAGACGUAUGUGACUGAUAUAAAGGCAGAAGAUAUAGAGGGAGAAGAAGAGACGUAUGUAACUGAUGUGAAAGCAGAAGAUAUAGAGGGAGAAGAAGAGACGUAUGUGACUUAUAUGAAGGCAGAAGAUAUAGAGGGAGAAGAAGAGAUGUAUGUGACUGAUAUGAAGGGAGAAGAUAUAGAGGGAGAAGGAGAGACGUAUGUGACUGAUAUGAAGGCAGAGGAUAUAGAGGGAAAAGAAGAGACGUAUGUGACUGAUGUGAAAGCAGAAGAUAUAGAGGGAGAAGAAGAGACGUAUGAGACUGAUAUGAAGGCAGAAGAUAUAGAGGAAAAAGAGGAGACGUAUGAGACUGAUAUGAAGGCAGAAGAUAUAGAGGGAAAAGAAGAGACGUAUGUGACUGAUAUGAAGGGAGAUGAAGAGACUUUUGUGAGGGGUGAUCAGCAGUAUGAGGAGAAAAUCCCUACAGAUAUCAGCACUGCAGAUGGAUGUAGCAGCCGGAAUGUCUCAGAGGAACAUCUAAUUUUAUUUCCAGAUGGUGAAAUAGAAGAAAAAAAUGUCACCCAAGAUUCACCAGGAAAAAUCCCUUUUACCCCAGUUAUACAUCCGGCACAUCACCGUGCAGAUACGUCACCUGUUCCCUCUGAUCCUGGGGAAUGUUCCCCUGAUAACUCUGAUAUUGGUGCAUCUAUUACAGUAGUAGAUACAGUGUUUACCUCUACUGUAGAUGCCAAAUGUAUUAUACAGAACACAAAGCGUAUUAUCCAUCAGCCAGAUGAGAAGCCAUUUCCAUGUCCUGAGUGCGGGAAAUGUUUUACACAUAAAUCAGAUAUUAUUAGACAUCAGAGAAGUCACACAGAUGAGAAACCAUUUCCAUGUCCUGAUUGUGGAAAAUGUUUUAAACAAAAAUCAUCACUUGUUACACAUCAGAGAAGUCACACAGGUGAGAGGCCAUUUCUAUGCUCUGAGUGUGGGAAAUGUUUUAAAGAGAAAUCCGUUCUUGUUAGACAUCAGAGAAGUCACACAGGUGAGAGGCCGUUUCCAUGCUCUGAGUGUGGAAAAUGUUUUAUGUAUAAAUCAAAUCUUGUUACACAUCAGAGAAGUCACACAGGUGAGAAGCCAUUUCCAUGUUCUGAGUGUGAUAAAUGUUUUACACAUAAAUCGUCUCUUGUUACACAUCAGAGAACUCACAUAGGAAAGAAACAAUUUCCAUGUCCUGAGUGUAGGAAAUGUUUUACAGUGAAACCAUCUCUUGUUAGACAUCAGAGAAGUCACACUGGUGAGAAGUCAUAUUCUUGCUCUGAGUGUGGGAAAUUGUUUACACAGAAGUCAGCUCUUGUUACACAUCAGAGAAGUCACACAGGUGAGAAGCCAUUUCCAUGCUCUUAUUGUGGGAAAUGUUUUACACAGAAACCACAUCUUGUUGCACAUCAGAAAAGUCACACAGGUGAGGGGCUCUUUCCAUGUUCUGAAUGUGGGAGAUGUUUUAUACAGAAAUCAGAUCUUGUUAUACAUCAGAGAAGUCACACAGGUGAGAGGCCAUUUACAUGUUCUGAAUGUGGGAAAUGUUUUACACAGAAAUCAGAUCUUGUGAGACAUCAGAGAUAUCACACAGGUGAGAAACCAUUUACAUGCCCUGAGUGUGGGAAAUGUUUUGCACAGAAAUCAGCUCUUGUUGCACAUCAUAGAAUCCACUGGGGAGAGAUGCCAUUUCUAUGUUCUGAGUGUGGGAAAAGUUUUAUAUGUAAAUCACAUCUUGUUUCACAUCAGAGAAGUCACACAGGUGAGAAACCAUUUUCAUGUUCUGAGUGUGGGAAAUGUUAUACAAGGACAUCACAUCUUGUUAUACAUCAGAGAAGUCACACAGGUGAGAGGCCAUUUCCAUGUUCUGAGUGUGGGAAAUGUUUUACACGUAAAUCACAUCUUGUUAAACAUCAGAGAAGUCACACAGGUGAGAGGCCAUUUCCAUGUUCUGAGUGUAAGAAAUGUUUUAGAUGGAAAUCAGAUCUUGUUACACAUCAGAGAAGUCACACAGGUGAGAAGCCAUUUCCAUGUCCUGAGUGUGGGAAAUGUUUUAGACAGAAAUUGGUUCUUGUUACACAUCAGAGAAGUCACACAGAUGAGAGUCCAUUUCCAUGCUCUGAGUGUGGGAAAUGUUUUACAAGUAAAUCACAUCUUGUUAGACAUCAAAGAACUCACACAGGUGAGAGGCCAUUUCCAUGUUCUGAGUGUGGGAAAUGUUUUGGACAGAAAUCAUAUCUUGUUAUACAUCACAGAAGUCACACAGGUGAGAGGCCAUUUCCAUGUCCUGAGUGUGGGAAAUGUUUUACACAGAAAUCAUCUCUUGUUACACAUCAGAGAAGUCACACAGGUGAGAAGCUAUUUCCAUGUCCUGAGUAAGUGGAGUUACUCAGGUAGUACUUUGUAUUUUUGCAAGUGAGAAUAUUUUAUUAAAAAAU